AUGAAGAAAACCAAGCUUGGUCCUGAGCUGAAAAAGCAGAAGGACCUCUUCUUUACUGGAGCUCGUGUGGAUGGCCUCACAAGGCCGUCAAGGUCCAUUGAUUUCCACACUGUGAGAAUGCUGAAAGCUCCAUUUUGCCUCAUUGAUUUCGACCCCUCGGGGGAUGUGAGGCAGGCCGACCUCACAGGGCAAACUCGCGCCACAUCCCACACUGAUAUCUCCGUUGCCAGCGUGCGCCCGGGUCUCUUCCUCCGCGGGAGCUGCGAUGCCACGGUGCUCAUCUUUGGGAAGCUCCCUGAGUGUACGAGAGGAGGACCCGAGUGGGAAAACAUCGUGAACUCCGUUGCGCUGCUGGAGAUCAAUGCAGACUGACGAACUAUGAACUUGUUCGUGUGGAUAUUAGUCUCAAACUUUUUCUUUCGCUGGACUUCGGUUGACGCACAGAUGGGGUAUGAUGGUCCUCUGUCUGCACAGGAGCAGAUAUACAUCCUUUAUGAAAUCAAACUGCAGUGCUACCAGAACCUCUCCAACACUGACCCGGGUAACAUAUAUGAAGUGUGCCCUCCAGACUGGGAUGGUCUUAUAUGUUGGCCCCAUGGAUCCCCUGGGCUGGUUACCAAGGUUCCCUGUCCGUCUUACAUCUACGACUUCAAUCACAAAGGAAAUGCAUACAGGAAGUGUGAUGUCAACGGAUCCUGGGUGUAUGUGGACCGCUGGAACAAAACAUGGACCAACUACUCCGAGUGUCUGCGCUUUCUGCAGCCCACUGACGAGGAUGGGAGACAAGACUUCUUUGAGCGGCUCUAUGUCAUGUAUACCAUUGGCUAUGCUGUGUCCUUCAGCUCUCUGCUCGUGGCCAUCAUCAUUAUUGGAUACUUCAGGCGUCUUCACUGCACCAGAAACUACAUCCACAUGCACCUAUUUGUCUCCUUCAUGUUACGGGCAGUCAGCAUCUUUGUGAAGGACAAAGUCGUCCAUUCCAGUGCUGGAUUGCAGGACUUUGAUUCUGCCCUGCUGGACAACUUAAAGACAGUCAGCAUGGCACCAGUGGACAAGUCUCAGUAUAUUGGCUGCAAGGUGACAGUGCUGCUCUUCAUCUAUUUUCUGGCCACCAAUUACUACUGGAUCCUGGUGGAAGGCCUCUACCUCCACAGCCUCAUCUUCAUGGCCUUUCGAUCAGACUCCAAAUACCUCUGGGGAUUCACCCUCUUCGGAUGGGGUGUUCCAGCUAUUUUUGUGGGAGUGUGGGCGAUCGUCAGGGCAACGCUAGCAGAUGCAAGGUGCUGGGAGUUAAGUGCUGGGAACAUUAAGUGGAUCUACCAGGUUCCCAUUCUGACAGCCAUUGGGCUCAACUUCAUCUUGUUUGUGAACAUCGUGCGAGUGUUGGCCACUAAAAUUCGAGAGACAAAUGCAGGGAGAUACGACACCAGGAAACAGUACAGGAAACUGGCAAAGUCCACCCUGGUGUUAGUGCUGGUGUUUGGCAUCCAUUACAUCAUCUUUGUUGGGAUGCCUCUUACGUUUGAGGGGCCGAGCUGGGAGGUCCGCAUGUACUGUGAGCUGUUCUUCAACUCCUUUCAGGGUUUCUUUGUGUCCAUCAUCUACUGCUACUGCAAUGGAGAAGUCCAGACGGAGAUAAAGAAAACGUGGACGCGCUGGAACCUGGCCUUUGAGUGGGAGGGCCCAGUGGUCUGCGGCCGCUACAGAUACGGCUCAGUGGUUGUCGGCAUCAACAACAACAGCACCAGCAGCCAGUCCCACCUUGCAGGAGGCGGCCCCUCCACCCGCUCCACCACGCUUGUUUCAAGCCGUGUUUAUCGGAGCACAGGUCCUCCCGUGAUUAGCAUGCAUGCAACUCUCCCUGGAUAUGUGAUUAGUAACUCGGACCCAUCCAUACCUGAAGAACCUGAGGACAGCGACCCCAAGCGAGUGGAUGAUAUUGCGCUGAAGGAAAAUCUACCUGUUGUUAGUACCAGUGGAACAGCAGAGGAGGAGGAGGAGACACUGUAG